UAUUAGAUAAUUCCUCUCAAGACCUGCCCUAUCAAGAACCAUCCAUCAAUUGGAUUUGAUUUUGACACGUGUCCUAGAUGCACCUGAUCACCGCCCGAUCUAUUAGAUCACACGCGUCCCCAACACAAACCGGCUACAGACGGUCAGGUAGGGCUACCCAUCGGCACUUCCGGUCACUCUCCCCUCUCCGAUUCCCGCUAGAUACAUCAACUCCGAUCGAACACUGCCAUUUUUUAGCUCUGGUUUCUCAGAAUUAAUUUGAAAGGUUUUGUAUGAAGAACUACUGAUGUUUUCCUCUGUUAAUUCUUUUAAUUUGUGAACUCUUCGAGUUCAGAGUCUGUUUUAUAUUUGGAAUCUCUAAUUAGGGACAUCAUUGAGGCCGGUGAUUGUAAAAUUCUUGGGUGGGUUGUAAUUUAUUCAAGGUGGAAAAAACAUCAGCCUCUUUCUGGGGUAUUGAACAGAUCCAAUUUCAAUUACCUGUUAAUAGUUGAUCACACAACCAAAAGCACUGGCGCUGGAUAACUGCUGCUGCGUAAAAGUAAACUAUUUUAUGGGAGGUGGGGAUGCUGCCAUCAUGAUGAUGAUGCAUAUAAAGAAGUAAUUUGUGAAUAAAAAUGGAUUGACAGAUGAAGUACAUGAAGCCACUGAGUCUGUACCAGAAGUUGCUGAAAACGCCUACUGUAGAAGGAGGGCGAUUGCUUGGUUUAGAUGUUGGUGAUAAGUAUGUUGGCCUCGCGGUUUCAGAUUUUAACAAUCAAGUUGCUUCACCUUUAAGUGUCCUGGUUAGGAAGAAAAGCAAUAUCGGUUUGAUGGCUAUUGAUUUUGAAUUUCUGAUAUCAAAACUGUCUUUGUCGGCUUUUAUCGUUGGAUGCCCAUAUGAUAGACAAAGAAACUGCCCAGAAGCUACCCAAGUGAAAGUAUUUAUUGACGACCUUUGUAGAACGGGAAAACUUGAAGGUGUUCCAUAUACAUUUUGGGACGAGUGCUUCACAUCAAAGAAUGUGGAGCUAUUGUUGGAUCCAUUGAAGUUCUCCACAGUGGAAGCGAAAACAAUAAAUGACAAAUUUGCUGCUGUUGGAAUACUGCAGGGAUAUCUGGAUUAUGUUAACAGGAAUGUGGAGACAGAGCAAAACCAAUAAACAUCCCUCCUUGUUCUGGACCAUCAAUAUGAUGAUUCAAAUCCUACAAUUUGGGUUGCAUUUGAACUUUGAAAUGUAAUGUCAAUAGAGUAGUUAUAUACACUACAAGAAACGGGGCCUAUAGGGACGACAUAUGUCGUCUCUAUAGGUUCAAAAGUCGUCCCUAUAGCUCUCGUCACCAUAGGCCCGUCGCGAUCUUUUUAGUCGUCGCUAAAAAUAUCGUUGCAAUUGGUAGCCUUUACAGACAACAUGUCCUCCUAUUUUGGUCCGUCGCUAUAAGUUGUUGGUCUCCAUAGAUAAAGCUAUAAAGACAAUGUCGUCUCUAUAGGUUCAUCUAUAAACACAACCUGUCGCCUCCAUAGAUGCAGUUAUAAAGACAAUAUGUCGUGGUGGUAGAUGCCCAAGUGUCGUCUCUGUAGAUGCACCAAUAGAAACGACACGUCGUCUCUAUAGAUGGACCUGUAGAGACGACAUGUCGUCCCGAUAGAUGCAGCUGAAAAAAAAAUACAUUAUGUUUGGGAUAAUAUGCUACGGACUCUUUCAUGGCUCGAUCAAAUCAACCAAAGCACCGAGCUUCAAGAACAUUUAUUCUAGAUAAUGUUUGGGAUAAUCGUUCAUUAUGGCUAUUAUAGCUCUGGCCUCU